UCCAGAAAAACUGUCAUUCUGGUUUGUUGCUAGAAAAGAAAUGCCAGAUUUUACAGUUUUUAACUGUGUUUGGGAGAAACGGUGCAUGAAUGUUAGGAUUUAUGUGGAUUUUUGCAGUAAUUUAUUACAAUCUGCUGGGAUUCUGAACUUAUUUAUUCAGGUUUUGGAGUUUAUUUAUCACCUGUCUGCAAAAUAAGGAAACUGAUGGAAAAAAAAAAUUUUCAUUAACGUGCAAAUGGAAGGAAUAAGGAGCCAGAGUUGCUGCUAUUUCCAAUGAAACUGCAUCGUCUAUGAAUAAACAGCCCGAUCUCACGAGGAUUCGUGAAACUGUCACGUAAAUUUUAGUUUCGGUUUCGUGCGCACCAACACGAUUUCGUCAUGUUUUUCGUGCCGCUCACCACGAAAUGUUUUUCGCUGUGGUAAUCACAUCUGAAAGUGGUUUAUACCGGCGGAUUCAUGACGAUCUAAGCUGUCCAUCAGCGUAUACUGCUUGUGUGAUCGCGUUUGCGGCCGCCGGCCGCCGGACAUUCUUGAAAUUCCUAUGCAAAUUGGUAAGUGUACCACCGGCUUAUGGUUAGGUUAUGGUUAUGGUUAUGGUUAUGGUUAUGGUUAGGGUUAUGUUUAGGAACGAUGUCAUGCAAAAUAUAGCAUUGGAUUCGCCACGGUUUUACAUUAAAAAUAUAAUAUACACAUUCUUUUGAAAUACGUUCUGAGUGGCACGAAAAGUCCGCCGUUUAAAAUACAUUGGUGCGCAUUUCGUGGUGAGCGGCACGAAAAACAUGACGAAAUCGUGUUGGUGCGCACGAAACCGAAACUAAAACUUACGUGACAGUUUCACGAAUCCUCGUGAGACCGUGUUGGAAUAAAACAUGUCAUGGUUCAUGUUGACAUACAUUAGAACAUGUAAAUGAAGCAGAAGAAGAACGCUCCAUCAGAGCUUCCAUCUGUCUGCUGCCCGGUGUGUGGGAUGUCGGAGGACACCUGAACGCAGCACGGAUCACCUGCCUCCCCAGGUGAGCUGAACGAGUGUGAUGAGCUGCUGGAGGUGCAGCUGUGAUAUAAAAGCAGAGCAGUUGCAGCUGCAGCUCACAGCUUCUGUCUGCAGCAGCCUCCUCACUGCUGAUCAACCUGCUGGAGCUCAACUCUGUGGCCUGGGCUUCUUCUCACAGCUCGACAUGCUGCUGGAAUCUGUUCUCAGGGUCUCCUGGAUCUGCUUCCUGCUCCUCAGCUCUGGAGCUUGUUACCCUUUUGUAAUUAAAGGUCAAACAGGUUCUGGAGGAGCUGGUGGAGGAACUGGCUCUGGGGGUUCAGGAGGAUCUGGUGGUUCUGGAGGCUCUGGUUUCUUCAGUGGUUUCUUUCCCUCUGGAUCUGCAGGAUUUGCCCCUCUGAUUAACUACCCACAGGGGUUUUCCUACAGUCUGCUUGACUUGAGACCAAGGUUUGUCGGUCUCCCAGACCCCUCAGUCUUUAUCCCUGAUAACAUUCCCACCGAUCCGUUCCCAGUAGUCGUUCGUGGUCCUACGUCCUACAUCGUCCAGUCCAGUAACGGCUACCAGCGAGCCAGAGAACUCCUCUCUCACUCUAAAUACAACCCGGAUGACUUUGGUCUGUUUAACUCUCCGGUGAACCCAGGAGAUCCUAUCCAAGGACCUGGAGCUGGACCUGGAACCAAGGUCUAAGCAGGUGGACCUGAUCAGCACAACCUCCAUGAAACUACAAAGUAACUUUUAAUAAACCUAAAGUAAAC